GUGGUGUUUCACAAGAUGUCACCUAAUGAGACUCUCUUUUUGGAAAGUACCAACAAGAUUUAUAAAGAUGACAUUUCCAAUAGCUCCUUUGUGAAUUUCCAGAUAUGGGACUUUCCUGGUCAAAUGGACUUUUUUGACCCAACCUUUGACUACGAGAUGAUCUUCAGGGGAACAGGAGCAUUGAUAUAUGUCAUUGAUGCACAGGAUGACUACAUGGAGGCUCUAACAAGACUUCACAUCACUGUUUCUAAAGCCUACAAAGUUAACCCGGACAUGAAUUUUGAGGUGUUUAUUCACAAAGUUGAUGGUCUGUCUGAUGAUCACAAAAUAGAAACACAGAGGGACAUUCACCAAAGGGCCAAUGAUGACCUUGCAGAUGCCGGGCUAGAGAAACUCCACCUUAGCUUUUAUUUGACUAGUAUCUAUGACCAUUCAAUAUUUGAAGCUUUUAGUAAGGUGGUGCAGAAACUCAUUCCACAACUGCCGACUUUGGAAAAUCUAUUAAAUAUCUUUAUAUCAAAUUCAGGUAUUGAAAAAGCUUUUCUCUUCGAUGUUGUCAGCAAAAUCUACAUCGCAACAGACAGCUCCCCUGUGGAUAUGCAGUCUUAUGAGCUUUGCUGUGACAUGAUUGAUGUUGUGAUUGACGUGUCUUGUAUAUAUGGGUUAAAGGAAGAUGGAAGUGGAAGUGCUUAUGACAAAGAAUCUAUGGCAAUUAUCAAGCUGAAUAAUACAACUGUCCUCUAUUUAAAGGAGGUGACUAAGUUUUUGGCACUGGUCUGCAUUCUAAGGGAAGAAAGCUUUGAACGAAAAGGUUUAAUAGAUUACAACUUCCACUGUUUCCGAAAAGCUAUCCAUGAGGUUUUCGAGGUGGGCGUGACUUCCCACAGGAGCUGCAGCCAUCAGACCAGCGCCCCCAGCCUGAAAGCGCUGGCACACAACGGCACGCCACGGAACGCCAUCUAGUCCGCAUGCAGUGGUUGGGCUCUGCCUGCUUCCUCUUCAUUCCAGGGUCAGGUGCCGCAUGCUACAGGACAUGGGAGCUGCCGCUUGUGGGAGUCUGGUGCCUGCCCCACUAGGGACAAGGGGUCGAGUUUCUCCUUUGGAUGGAAGCCCCUUCAACCAGUGGUGUACAACUGAAGCUACUACUUCUUUUUUUUAAAAAAAAUGGCAAAAAAGAAUUCUAGAGACCACAGAACUCAAGUGUGUCUUUCUCCUCUUUUGGGUCCUUCUUUAAAUAGUUGGGAUAUUUUGGACCUGGAGAUAACACCAGUUAUCCACUUUACCAGGGAAAAUUGCCAUCAAUUCCAGUCGAAAAUAAUAGAGAAAACUGAAUUUUUAUAUGCUUCCCUUAGGCUUCCCUUCAAUAGUCGCUAAAGCCCUGCCUUGCUUACGUUCUAACACUGCCUCAGACCCGCCUGCGGACGUCGCACAUCUGGGACCUUCUGAACGUGCUUGCUGCCACGGAAGACACUAGUCCGGCUGCAGCCAGAGGCACCCCCGUGCGCGUGCCCAAAGGCGAGAGCGAAAGCUUCGGUGCGCCAGGCGGAGAGCAAGGCUCCGUGGUGGCCUGUCGGUUCCCCGGGAAGGCCUGAGGACAGAGCUGGGAACAGAAGGAAGAUGUCGCACUGGUCUGGGGACCUCCCGUUAGAUAAAAUGAUCGUGCUCAGUGUAACGAAGGAAAUGAGAAGCAAAUCUGGGUUUCCCACAGCCCUCUCGGAGGGGAGAGCCUCGUGUCACUGAACUGUGUAGCUCGCCGCCCGCAACCUUGGCCUUGGCCUUGGCCUCUACCUACCUUUUUUCUAAGCCGUGUCGGGUCUUUAAGAACUGCUGUUCGUUGAUCACGAAUAACCUAAGGCACUGGUGGAACGUCCGCUGGGCGCUGGGGAGAGCACAGAGUGCUUUCACCUCCUCUCUCUCCAGUAUUCUGACACCAAGUGUCAACUGUGGUACUUUCUUUGCCUAGGAUAUUAAUUCAUAAUUGUUCCUUUUUGUCGAUGGUUGAUACCCUUGCCUUUGAUCGAAGCUAAUGCAUUAUUUUUACCCCACGUGCCCAGUGGCCCUAUGUCCCAAAGCCGCCGGGCCACUUGAGCACGCCAGUGCCACUGUUGAUGAAACGCGUGUUCAGGUCUGCGCCCCUAACCGUGUGACUGAGUGCUUCCUGCCGAUGUGCUGCCUGUCGAGUAUUUACAUGGACCAUGGUGAUAUCCAAAAGAAAAAUGCUUUUAUAUUUAUAGAUUAUUUCAUUGAACUAUAUAUAAAAUGGGUAUCAAUAAAUGUAUUUACUCCAA